GACAGAAACCAGGACAGAAACAAGGAAGGAGAGAAGAAGAAGAAGGAGAGUAUCUUUGACCUGUCAAAAUACAUUGAUAAACAAAUCCGUGUGAAGUUUCAGGGAGGACGAGAGGGUAGGCCUAAAUCACAGUUUUUACCUUUUGAUCAAGCUAUUGAAAAGAAAGUGAAGAUAACAUUUUACUUAGUCCGCUUCAUUACUAUGUGAAACAUGAAAAAAAUAAUACAGUGACAUGCGGCUUUCAGAAGAGAACACUGACAAACUUUUGCCUGUCUGGAAAUGCUGUUCCAUGACAGGCCACAGUCCUCAUCUUCUUCUGUAGUGUUCUUCUCCAUGAUUCCAUUCAAUAUAAUAAUCCUAAUUUAUUUGUCUCAGCCAGUGGAGUUCUGAAGGGGUUUGACCCCCUGUUGAACCUGGUAUUGGAUAGCACCAUCGAGUACUUGCGGGGUAUGUAGCAGAAACUAAGACUUUAUUGUAUGAUCUCAUAUCACUUCUACAGAAUUGAAAAUGCACUCCUGGGUUGGUGAGGAGACUGUUGCCCACAGACUUAAAUGGAACACAUAUCUGUGAUGUAGCCCCUCAGUAUAAAAAAUUGACAAUGAAACCAAAAGGUCAUACAAUUUGCUAAUUUUAUAAAGAAGGUUGUGCUGGGUCAUUCAUGGUGAAGUUGCACAUACUGUCAAUGACCUCUGGCCUGUUAUGUCACUUCCUUCUGUUGUUUCCAGAUCCUGACGACCAGUUCAAGCUGACCGAGGACACGCGGCAGCUGGGCCUGGUGGUUUGUAGAGGGACGUCCGUGGUGCUCAUCUGUCCUCAGGACGGCAUGGAAGCCAUCCCCAACCCCUUCAUCCAGCAGCAGGACGGAUAG